AUGGAUUGGAUUAAUUUUUUUGAUGAUAAUAAUAUUGAAAAAAAAAAUGAAGACAAAUGGAAGUUUUCUGGAUUAAAUAUCCAAGAAUGUGAAACUGCAAUAAAAAAUGGAUGGGUAGAUCUUUUAAAAGCAAUAAUUGAUAAGAGAAAUACUUUUAGGUAUAAAAUAGAUGAACCCAAUAAUGAAUUUGAUAAUGAUGGUUUAGAUCCAAUUAAAUAUCAAAAAAUAUUAAAAUCAAUAAACGAAACUAAAGAAAUAGUAUUUGAUAAAUGGAAAAAUAAAGUAACUCCUGAGUUUCUCAAUAAAUUCUUAGGUAGCUUCUUAAAAAGAAAAGGUGAUGAAAAUCUUAAAGAAAAAAAUCUUGAUAAAUGGUUGAAAGGAGAAGAAGUUGAAGUUGGUACGGAUAAAUUAAUGGGAUACACAUUACAAACUGAACCAAUAAAAAAAAUAAGAGUAGCUGAAAUAAUAAAUGGUAAAUUCACUGGAGAUAUUAAUAAAAAUAUUGAAUUAAAUGGAAUAUCUGGUGCUGAUGUUUUAAUAGAAGAAGAAAAACUGAGUUUCGAUCCAGAUAAAUUAAUAAAUGACAAAUACGAUCCUACAAUUACUGAUCCAAAAGAUCCUAAUAGUAAUGUUGAUGGUCCUGGAAUCUUGACUAUAUUAACUGGUGGUGGUAAAACUACUAAAUUAACAAGAUGUCUGUUAACAUGUAUCUUUCCUGGAAAACACAUAAUAUUAAUCACACCUAACAAUGAAUUAGCCGCAGAUGCUGCCAAUCAUCAUACAUCUUGGUUACAAUAUACCAACAGUGUCCCAUACAAAUGUGUAAUCCAUGGAAAAGAAGGUAAAUUACCUUACAGUGUUAAAAAAGAUAGUCUUGCUUCAUGGGAUAAUGGUAAUGAAAUAAUUGGAUAUCAACAAAGAAAAGAAAGGGGUGCAGAUGUAAACGAUCUAACAAAACCAAUAUACAAAAAAGAAACAAGUGGUAAAGAUGGUGAAUCAACAUUAUCAAUAUUACAACUACAUCAUCUAACCAGAUACAUCGCAUGUGGAAAAACCAAAAUCAAUGAAAUAGUGACAA